UCUUCCGACGAUUCUCACGUGUGUUUCACGACGUUACAGGCAUGCCGCAAAUUUGAUGUUUCUGCCUUUUAAUUAGAAAUAAUAACCGACGAAAUGAAGAAGCUCAGAGUGAAAACCAAUACCAAGGGAAAGCGCUGGACCAAAGGUCACAGCUGCGUUUCCAAUCCGGAAGCGACCAAGUACAGAGAUGCGGCCAAAUCCAGGUUCUUCCAGCCCAACUUGGUCCCUACAAGUUCCAAACCAGGCACGCUCACCUACGAUGCACUCAGGAGACACGAUGUCAUGCAGAGCGGCGCCAAGAGCGGCCCUUCGAGCACAACGGAAUCAAUGUCUGAAGGAGUUCAGUCGAGCAAAACGUUUGCAAGCGACUGGAGCAACUGUUCCAACAAGUCCUUUGACAGUUUCUUGAGAGGAUUUCAAGCUUCAAAUGAACUACAUCAAGAAAUGCUGGCAGUUCUGGCUGGAAUCACCGAAGUAAUCAAAGCCAAUGGAGGCUCUGAGACAGCCAAUGAGUAUUUUGGAGCCUUGAUGACGUCCUUAGACGAGUGCGACAACGAGAACAGUUGUGCAGCAGUUCUGGCUUUAAUUGCUCUUGUGAUCAAGAAAGUCUCCCCAAAUAUUAUUAAACUGAAGUUUAAUGAAAUCGCCACUAGUCUUUUCAAGAAUCUAGAAAAAUUCUCUGGAUCUGAAAAUGCUAUUGUUCUGAAAGCGCUAAUUGUUUGUCUUGGCUCUGUUUUGCGGAUGCAAGAUCCUUCAGCUUGGAGUGCACCAUUAGCUGGUGAAAUUUUCAAAGCUCUUCUGGCCUAUGUAACUCACUCCAUGCCAAAAGUUCGGAAAGUUGCCCAAGCAAUCGUUACCAGCGUUUUGAGAGCCUCGGAAAGAAACGAUUCCAUGCAUCCAGCAGCUAGUGUGGCUGGACAGUAUUGUCAAUCUGUCUUGGACAGCAACGAGUGCCUGUCUGAAAUCACAAGGACACUUCACGUUGUCAACUUGCUGCGUACGGUUAUCAACCAGCUGCCAGCCCAGCAGGUCAAGGGGAUUGUUGAGAAGCUGCUGACCUUGAUGACCCUUGGAGAUGGUGUGUUGACCAAGUGUUGUCUGCAGACACUGCAAGGUUUGGUCACAGCAAGGCCUUCAACCAAGACUUUACCAUCCGACCUCAACGGCAAGCUCAUCAACGCCUUGUUUAAGUUUCAACCGUCCAGUAAUGACACGGACCUUGUUCUCAUGUGGCUCUCUGUUAUGCAUGAGGCCCUUUCCAAUCUUCUAGAGAACAAACCCCAGCUGAGUUUGGAGCAAAUUCCCCGAUUUUUCAAAGUUUGCACUGAUCUCAUGUGCCUGGGCAGCGAUAUUAGUUUAAUCGGUGGAACUGCUUUGGCUCUUAAGGUGGUUGUGUUAGAAUGCUUAGGACCCAGAGAUGCUCCUCUUGAUGCAGCAUCCACUCAGGCUCACAAGGCUGCUCUUCAGAGCUCGUUGGACUACAUGGAGCGCUGCCUGAAGUUCCAACACAAGGCCACGUGGAAGUACGUCGUUCACGUCCUGCAAGCAAUUUAUCAAGUCAUUCCUCUUGAGCAUGCAUCCAUGCUGAACAGAACUUUGGCCAUUUUGGCUGGGAUCAGACAAAAUGAUGAUCAGGUAGAUUUGGCUGCAGAAAUCGACAAAGCUAUUGGAGCUCUUGUGAAAAAUCUAGGGCCUGAACUGGUUUUGUGUAAGGUUCCACUUCAGAUUUCAGGCUACGAAACUUCAUUUGAUUUCCCGUCAAGUUGGCUGAUUCCUGUGCUGAGGGACAACAUUGAAGUCACUACUUUGGCGUUCUUCCACAAUGAAAUUUUUCCUAAAGCAGUGGCUUGCUACAAAAGGUGGAAGGAACUUGAAGGUGCUGGAGAUAAAGCUGCAGCCCACAUUUUCAAUGUCCUAUUUGUGCAGUUGUGGUCAAUUUUUCCAAGCUGUUGUACCAACCCUUCUGACUUUAAGUACUUUAAGAAAGUAGCUCAACUGCUAGGUAACACUCUGAACGAAAACGAAAUCUCUCUCGAUGUCAUGACUGGUCUACGAAAGUUAAUCACAGUCGCACUUGAAGAUGGUGACAAAAAGCAGCUUCUUGGCAACUUCAGCAAGAACUACAUCCCAAUAUUGUGCACCAUAUUUACUGACCUGGCCAGACCCGAAGGCAUCAGGUUGGCCAGUCUGGAAACCAUCAAGUGCUUUUUAAAAAUAUCUGACAGUGAAAAGCAUUAUUUGUAUUUUGACAAGGCAGUUGCUAAGUUGGACACUGAGCUUUUGGCUGCAAUGAAAGAAAGUGCCAGUGGACCAGCGGCUCAAACUAAGUCUAAAAAGCAGGCCAAGAAAAGCCGACUGGUUGCAAAUAAAGUUCAAGACUCGAUCCUACAGUUGCUCAGUGUACUGGUUCCCUACCAAGAUGAAACUAGAUUGAAGCAAAUUGCAAAUCUCUGCUCUCACCUUGUCCUCAGUGCUGACCAUUCGGAGCAGAAGAGGGCUUAUAGGAUAAUAGAGCAAAUUUGCACAUCUGAAGAUGGAGAGUGUAAAGCUUACCUUCAGAAGAACAUGGACAGGCUUGUCCAACUAAUAUCUGUUGCGGAUGAAGUUUGCAAGAAUCCUGGAAGAACUGCAAGAUGCAGGUGCCUCCUACUCCUUAGUGACCAUCUGCAGCCCCACCAAGGUUCUAUACUAAGCCAGAUGAUCACAGAAGGGUUGCUAGGUUGUAGAAACGAAAAACCUAAAUGCCGUCAAGUGGCAUUUUCCUUGCUUGUUCACUUGGGAAAAGUUCGACAGCGUUGGACUGGAGAAAACGACAGUGAUUCUAUUCUGAAUUUUGUCAAAAAAUUGCUGGAUUGCUGCAAAGAGGUGUACGCUGCAGAUUCAUUGAUGAUUUCGGCUAGCUUUUUGGCCAUUGCCUCUCUUGUCCGUCAACUCAGGGAAACCGUCCCUAUAGAAAUUCUGCCUCUUGUGAUGCCUGAAAUGUGCGCCUUUGCCAGUCAGUCUAUUCGAGAAGUGUCAAAAGCUGCGCUGAGUUUCUUCAAAUGUGCUCUGACUGUGUUUGACCCUAUAAAUUUAGGUCCUUUCAUUUCCCCAAUGGUUACAGCAAUUUGUGACAUGAAUGAAGACUGCAAACGUUAUCUAAGAUUGCCAACGAAAGAAAUCUUUGUCAGGAUUGCACGCAAGUUUGGAGUUUCAAUUUUGAACGAAUUGGUACCAGAGGAUGAUCUGGUUAUGACAAAGAGGAUCAAGAUUAUCAAGAAUAUGAGGAAAGAGUUAGAAAGGAAGGCCAGAGCAAAGAAGGCAAACCAGCAAGACAGCGACGAAGAAGAUGACUUGGACACAGAGUUCUCGCUUGGCAGAAAGCCUCAAACCAUUGAGAGUGUUUUGGCAGAUGAGUGUGAUUCUGAAGAAGAUUAUGAGAAAAUCAUGAACGAGAAUAAUGAAAAGAAACGGCCGAAGAAGCGACAGAAGCUGGACACUUGGAUUCAGGAAAGCGAAGAUGCUCUUGAUUUUACGGAUCCAACAUCAAUGCAGAGAAUUUCUGCUAAGAAACCGGGAUAUGUCUCUCAUGUGGACGCUUCAAAGAAAGAUAAAAAUAGAGGAUUCAAAGUAUCAUCUGACGGCAGACUGAUAAUUAAUGAGAGUGAUGGCGAAGAAGAGGAAGGAAUGAACAAGUUUAACCGGAAGCGAAAGAGGCAGGACAAUGAUAGUGAUGACCUUGAUGAUAUGGACGAAGCUGCUUCCCAAGUUGGACCUCGUCCUGGCCGGUAUGUGAUGGCGCCUCCACAUGGAGAUGAUCUGAGUAGGAGCAUGGAAGACCUCAGUUUGCAGCAGCAAUACAAACCAGGAGGUAGUGGAAUCCAUCGGCCAGUGCAAGGGGUGCACAGUGGCACAGAGUACAAGGCUGCAAAGGCUAAAGGAGAUGUCAAGAAAAAGGGAAAAGUAGAUCCGUAUGCUUAUAUCCCUCUCUCUGGGGCGCUUCUUAACAAAAGGAAACGUGCUAAGAACGCUGGAAAGAUCAUUCAACUGGAAAAGGCUGCUUCAAAAGGUGUUGCGAAAGGAUUAAAGGCCAAAGCCAAAACCAAGCGCACUACCAAUUUCAAAAAGAGCCGGAAAUAAAAUAAAUGUAUUCUUUUUUUGCAAUAAAUUCACACUUUCAUUGUCGAG